UCGGGAGAAGAGCGGCCUGGCGCCUCACCGCGACCUAGGUGCGCAACACUGGCGGGACAGACCUAGGGCGCGGCCCCCGGACCUGGGCGGGCGCGGAGUUUAGCGUCUGACGGCGCGGGGGGCUGUGCUGAGGGGCGCGGGACUGGCCCGAGGUGCGGAGGCGGGUCCGAGCGAGAGGCUGAACUUCAAUCAUUAUCUAUCCCUGGAACUUACCAAGAAAAAAUCACUCACCUGGGCAGCUCACUGAUGAAUCUGACUGGUCUCAGAUCCUUAGAUCUCUCGCGCAACUCCUUGGUCAGUCUGGAGGGCAUCCAGUACCUGGUGGCUUUGGAAAGCCUCAAUCUCUACUACAACUGCAUCUCCUCUCUAGCCGAGGUGUUCCGGCUGCACCCCUUGACCAAGCUGGCAGAGGUGGACUUUCGGCUAAAUCCAGUGGUGAAGAACGAGUCUGACUACCGACUGUUCGUGGUGCACCUGCUGCCAAAGCUCAGACAGCUGGAUGACCGCCCUGUGCGUGAGAGUGAGCGGAAGUCGUCGUGGCUGCAUUUCACUGCAGAAGAACCUCUGGACUCGAAGCAGAGUGUCCCUGUUACUUUCCAAGACAGCAGACCACCUGCCUUGAGAGCCAAGAGUGCAGACCUUUGUGCCAAGAAGUCCCUGGUGAUGGAUGCAGACGACGAGGCAGUGCUGACCCUCAUCGCCGAGUGCGAGUGGGACCUGAGUAACCCCCCGCGCAGCUGCAGCUCCAGCUCCAACCAGCGGGACCGUGAGGCUGAUUGCCGUACCUCCCAUGAGAGCCAACACCUGCUGAGCCCUCAGUCGCUACAGCUGCAGUGUGGGGAUGCUGGCAGGAAGGGCCAGGAGAGGAGGAAGAGCAGCUCCUGGGGGUGCUCUGUGGAGAAGAAGAGCCAGUUGUGCGGAGAGCGCCCCAUGCAUCCCAGUGCUGAGCCUGAGGCCUUCAGACACGCACACUUCCCGCCCCACACAGACCCCAGAGACACUGAGGACCUGAGCACAUCCUCUCUGAAGUCCAGUCUGUCAUCACAGAAGCUGCCGAACCCCGGGCCUGCUCCUGACAAGUACAGAAAGCACAGAAUGCCCGGCGGAAGGUUCCAGGCCCCUGUGGACCAGGAGUGCCUGAGCUGCCCGGCAAGGACUGAAGGAGCUCUGAGCCCUGAGCAGAGCAGCACCGAGGGCAAGAAUGAGAGACAGAGAUCGGAGGAGUUGGAGCUGGGCGAACCACAGCCCCCCAGUAGGAGUGGUACCAGAGAGGUGGGGCCCAUUUCACACGUGGCUACACUCCCUGGCCUUCAAGGGGCACUGCUAGAGGCGCUGCUGGAUCUGGUGGACAGACACUGGACGGGCUGCCACUCCCUCCAUAGCGACAAGGCCUUCCUGGCUCAGGCACAGCAUGUCCUGGCCUCUGUCCAUGAGCUGGCCACUCCUCUGGACAGCAGCCCCAUGGAUCAGGAGCAGGAUGGGGACUUUCUGGCGGAGCAGCAGCACCUUCAUCACCUGAAGCUGGCCACGGUGGUGGCGGAGCUCAGCAGCACACGCCAGGAGAGGGAUGACCUGAGGCAACAUUUAGACAGAUCUUUGGAGGAGAAUUCCAGUUUAAAAUCACUUUUGUUCAGUAUGAAAAAAGAAGUAAAGAAUGCAGAGGCAUCAGCCACACUGAAUUUGCAGAUCACUGGACUCCAGACGAGUGUCCGGCGGCUCUCUGGGGAGCUGGUGGAGCUGAAGCAGCACCUGGAGCACUAUGACAAGAUCCAGGAGCUCGUCCAGAUGCUCCAGGAGAGCCACAGCUCCCUGGUCAGCACCAACGAGCACCUGCUGCAGGAGCUAGCCCAGGCACGGGCGCAGCAUCAGGCCGAGGUGGAGCAGCUGCACUGGAGCUACAAGGAGCUCAAGAAGACCCUGGCCCUGUUCCCAGCCACUGGCACACCCCUCAGCAGCUGCCCGUCCUGACCAUGGCGCUCUCCCUGCUUCCUUCCUUCCCUGCAGAGCACCUGCCCUUCUGAGACUAGCACUUUGUUGCUGUUGAUCAGCCAUGUAGAGUGAGCAGCAGCAUUUCCCUGCAUGCCUGCAUACAGAGAGAACUGUACAUGUCGCUACAAUCAUUAUUCUGUACUGAGAAAUUAUUUAAUAAAAAUACUUUUACACUGUUCUGAAAAGUGGCUCCUUUUAGGGUCGAGGUGAACGUGUCAUUGGAUUAUGAAACCUUUGUUCUGACAAGCAGGAACAAGGAAGUUUCUGGACUUAGUAGAACGAUAGUCGUGGGAAUAUGAGAAACACAGUUUGCAAGAUUAAAGCCCCCAGUGAAAUCACGCACCCGGCCCUGUUUCUCCCUUGCAAGCACUGCUGAAAACUAUGUUCUGACAGGCCAUGAAAUGUCAUUUUCUUUGACAGAUGUCUAUCACAUGCAAAGGUGGGUUUUUUGGUAAACAGUCAUCUUUUGGACAGGGAGAGUUCCCGUUAGUGUGCAGGAGGUCUAAAGAAGGUAUGAGGGGCUUAGGCUACCGCGUGUACUAUUGGACUGAACUUGGGUGGGCCUCACCUGGCAAUGCUAGGGCUUACACCUGGCUCUAUGCUCAGGGAAUCACUCCUGGCAGAGCUCGGGACUAUAUGUGACUCCAGGGAUCUCACAGGGAUUGGCCGUGUACAAGGCAUGUGCCUUCCCCGCUGUUCUGUCUCUGCCCAACCUGAUUUUUAACGUCUAAUGCAGGAAGAGCUGCUGAGGAGACACUUCUUGUUCCCAGGCCUUCUGUGAGGUUGUGGAAUCUGCCAGGACCCUGCUGCGGACUCUCUGGGCCCCAGAUGCCUUUCCUGCCUGUGUGCGAUGGGUCUGAGAAAUGGGAGGGACAGUUCAUUUUCGUGGCAUGAAGUUUGUGUUUCUGAACAGCAGAGGGCGCUCUGGCCUCCCCAGCAUUCUGCUCCCUGACCCCUCCUCUGGCUUGGCUCAUCCAGCUGUCCCUGUGUGUCUCUGGAACAUAGAACACCUCUCCUGGAGGAGGAGGGGGCUGGCCCAUCUGCCCUGUCUGGGUGAGAUUGCAGCAGUCUCUUUCCUGGACAUUAGU